AUGGCCAGCCCGUCGCUCUCACAUCUCCUGCACGCCGACCCUUCCUUGUCCCAUCAGCAGUCCCCGUCUCAACGCCAUGUCUCACACGGCAGCGCAGCCCAUUCUGUGCCCACCUCAUCACCUGGGAACUACACAUAUCCAGCCCCUCCCGGUGUCUCGCCCGCAGCAUCUGGCACUUCCCAUCCGACGCCCAUCGCCACCCCUGCCACCUCUCCCAGCGCUCCUUCGACCACAGGUGGGAGCUCCAUUGCCGGUGCCGCUUCCAACACGCCGGCCAGCGGCCAUGCCGCCAACACCAGCCUUUACCAGUGCGCCGACUGCCUGAAGAGAUACUCUCGCCCGGAGCACCUCCAGCGACACAUAGCCACCCACACGCUGGGGAAACGCUUUAUAUGUGACGUCUGCGGCAAAGCCUUUGGACGUGCAGAUCUGCUCAAGAGACACCGUGCCAACCACGACGAUGACGGCAAUGGCACCAAGAGGCGGCGCAUUAACUCGUCCCCCGGCGCCGGCCGUGUCGCCCACGCCUGCCAGGCCUGCGCAAAGGCCCGCGUCAAGUGUGAGGAGUCCAAGCCCUGCACCAGGUGCCGCAACCGCAACUUGACCUGUGAGUAUGCUUCCUCCGAGGCAGGCUCCGCUGCUGCGAUGCAUCUCUUGCACCUCUCAGCGAACGCGCACUCCUCCGGCGCCACCACGCCCACUUCCUCUGCGCCCAUGGCCCCAGCCGGCCACGGCGCAGUUCCCACCGCGCAUCAUUUGGGAUCGAGGUCGCUGCGCUCCAACGCGGCUGAGGCUAUGCACACACAUGGGCUCCACAACCCUGCCGCGCCUGCGAUGACGAAUCUUGUCCACGCCCAGUCGACCGGUACCAGCCCUUCCAUCCUGGCCAGCAAUCCACCAAUCAACAGCGAGGCCGCCCAACUACCCACCCCUGAGAACAUGAUGGACCAAAAUUCACUGAUCAUGGAUGACGAAGACAACCCGGAUGGCUACCAGGCGUCGUAUCAUCAGAAUCAGAACAUGGUGGAUAUGAACAGGCUGCCCUUCUCGGAUUUCCUGCGAGACGUUCUCUACGACCAGCACCAGCAGCAGCAACAGCAAAUGGAUUCCCAGAAAAUGGCCGAGGCGCAAGGUCUUGCUGUGUUGGACUUCUGCGACGACGCCAAUCUAGAGAUGAACGAUCUUGACUUUGGUAUGCUCGACAACUGGAACAUCGGUAACGUUCACGGCAUGCUUGCCACGGAUCCGAACUUGGCCAACUAUGUUUCCAGCCGGCCAGAGGACACCGCGGAUAUAUUCGAGGAUAACAACUCCAAAGUUCAGGAUCAGAGUUUAGUUCAAGCUCUUGUCUUGGGUCAUGAUAUCGGACUAUGGAGCGGCAACAGGAGGCGCAUGGAAAUAGCCGAAUGCCAUUUGAACAUUCCUAUUGCGAUGAUCAGGGGCAGAGGCAGUUUCCAAAGGUCUUCGUAUCCACCAAUCCAGGUCGACCCUGCAGAUGACGGGGCCGUCCUAGAAGAAAAGUGGAAGACGUGGUGUCACCGAGAGUCUUGGAAAAGACUCAUCUUUCACUUAUACCUUCGAGACGCACAAACGUCCAUGACGUCCAUGAACAACCCCCACAUAUCUUAUGCAGAACUGACAUUGCCGCUCCCCGAGGCCCGUGAGCUCUGGUUUGCAAGAACCGCCCGGGAAUGGAAGAUGCAUUAUCUGGAAAGAAAUGCUGGCCAAGAUAGACGGCCACCUUCGCUCGGCGACCUCUUUCGCGACAUCAACCUCCUGGCGACCGAGCAUCAUCGCCUAGAUGUUCAGUACGCCGUUUCCAUCUACCUUCACGGCUUCUGGUCUCUCAUCCGGGAGUACCGGCAAAUGAAUGCCAUCUACCGGUGGUCGGCAUUUUCUCCGUCCACAGCAGGCAACCCGAAUGUCCUGCUCCAGUCCCGCCACCAGGAGCUUGUUAAGGCUCUGGAGCAGUUCCAAGCCACUGCCAUGCAGAACUGGCCGCACAUGCUUAGUGCCCAAGAGAAAGUCGUGCUCAAUCUCCUUUUCGUGAACCUACAUGUGAGCCUGGAGGACCUGCAGCUAUUCUCCGGCAAAGAGGGUGACGAGCAGGCCAAGAGGAUCUACCCCUCUCUACAACGAUGGGCACAGGACUCCGAGUCCCGCCGUUCUUUAUGGCACGCGGGGCAGAUACUCAGGUGGGCAAAGGAGUUCCCUCCCGGCCACCUGAAGGACUUCUACGCGGUCGCGGUGCACCAUGCUGCGCUGGCGAUAUGGACAUGGGGCGUGCUGACCCGCGCAAUCCGACGCACGGCCGGGCUGCAGCCGGGGUACAACCACAGCGAGCCGCUCAUUUACCUCGACGGCCCCGACAUGAGCGAGACUGUCCAGUUCACGUCGUACGGUACUGGCAGGCCCGCCAUCCGCGGACCUGUGAAGAAGGGGCAAGGUAGCGGCCGAGACAGCGCUGGGGGCGGCAGUGGUGUGGCGGAGAGCCUCGUCGAGGAGCCGAAGCCCACGAUGGCGAUCGUUGAGGAGGUGUUCCGGGCGAACUACCUAAAUGGCCCUGUCGCGCCCAUUGUCGAGAACCUGUGUCAUCUGAUCAGGCAGCUUGGGAAUGCUGCCUGGGCUGUUGGCUUGGGUUGA